GCGUAGUUCCAGACCGAGGUGCGGCGGGAGUCAGACUGCCCUUUCUUGGUCUUUCUUUGGCCAGCCUGCUGCGCCUGUGACCCUGCGCUGCCCCUGGUGGUUGCGAUUCGAUUCUGAAUUUGGUUGCCAAAUAUAAAAUAGUGACCCAGGCCCAGAAACAAGUUUUGAACUCACCUUCUCAGUGCAAGACCAUUCAUCUUGAAUGCUGCAGAAAUACUCGUCUUUACUUUGUCCGCCAUAUCUAAGUCAAACACAUUCAAAAGAGUAAAUUACCCCGUAACAUGCACGGCAAUAUCAGCAAGGCGCAAGCAAAGUCUAAUACUUAUAGCCUUUCGAGCUCGAGUUUGAUUAAGGUUUUCAAUUUCACAAGUUCCCGCGGUUUAGCCGCUUUUUAGACUCAAUGUAUUAAUUGUUAUUCCUCUUCUUAGAAUGCCAUCCAAUUUAAUAACAUUUAAGGUAAAUUCUCAUGUUUAGAUUUUUUAAGAUCGAAAAAAAUAUGCAAAUGUAGGAUUGAAUUUUCGAUGAAUCCGAUUGAACUAUUUACCGUCCCUUAUAUUUUAUUCAUAAAGAUUUGAACUAGACUAAUUUCUUUACCCUGGUCGCGCGUUAACGUCCAAAGCAGCUAGCUCAAUUCAACGGGACAUUCAUAUUUUCACCGCCCAAGCCACCGGCGCGGUGAUCCGCUGAGUGAUAGCGAUUGCAGCUGCAGAGACACUAAGACAGUACCGAGGAUCUGGAUGAUUUGUCUAAACGCCUGGUGUGGCUAGAUCCCGUACAUUGAAUAUAAAUAAUAACUGAUAUUAGAUGAUGGCAUCUUCCAAACAAGCCCAAGGGAGGAAGAAUCAAGCAAAGGAUGUAAUUGCAGCACUUUGUCAUAUUCUGAAUUCACAUUCUUCAAUAACCAGGAUCACCCCUGAGCAGUUUAGACAAGCAAAGUUUGAUCAACCUGAAGCUAUUUCAUCAAUGUGGGUGUUACUCCAAGAAUUACUGCAACUCAACUUUAAGUUAUCAGUUAUCAACAAACCUACAAAGACUAGCUUCGAAAAGGCAGAUUUUCAGUCAAUGCUUUACCAGAUUGGUUACAGGUGCCCUGGUUUCCAUGGCGAUGAUGUCGGAAGCAGAGACAUCCUCCUGGCCAUAGGAUGGCUCCUUGCAAAGUUAAGCUUUGUGUCUGAACAGGUGAAAAUCAACCUACAAGAUUCGUUCCCAUUAAUUUCAAGCUUUCAUCUCGGAGCAGCUCAGAAAGCCUUAAAUUCAGGGAAUGACAAGACUUCAUCUCAGGGGCUAAAGCAGACUGUCUCAUCGUCUCCCAAUGGACAGGCCAAAUACCUGGUGUGGCUGAUGGGGCGACUCAGGUUAACUCUGAAGGCUCUUUACUGUGAACAACAAGGUCUAUGUGCAGCAAUGCAUCGCAUACAUGAAGCUACUCAAGGCAUUGGCAUGCCACAUCCUAGUCCUAUCAAUCAUCUUACAGCAUUGGAGACCUUUAUACUCAGACAUCCAAAGCAGUUACAACAAUACCUUUUGCACCUUGAUAAACAAGCAUCCCUUCUUCAAGCAUGUGUAACCUGGAAAGAAGCUGAGCCUGUAUUCUGGCAGUGGAUGUUAAGCGUCCAUGAAGCCAAAAUGUCUGCUUCAGAAAACACUAUUCCACCCACCUCAUCCAACAAUCAAUAUGUGCAUCACUUGGUAGCAACCACAGAGUUAUCUAGACGAUUACAGCAGCUUGAUGGUCUUGAGAAUGAACUAAUCAGAGAGUGCAAAAGUUUAGAGGAUGAACUUGAAUCAAGAGGGGCCAAUGACCUUGUCAAUCAGCUAUCUGAUCAAUCCAACAUACACAAGAGAAAGGUAGACAUUGACAAUGCAGUAAGAGCUCAGCUCACCAACAGCUAUGAAGAACACCGGAAGAAGCAUACAAAGAACUUUCCGCUUUCAUCGGUUCAGUUUGCCUUCAAGCCUGGACAGACAAAGAAUACUCGCUUAAAAGCUGAACCUCUCCCUCCAAAUACCCUCAACAUAAAUGAUGAGAUUAAGAGAAUGUCUGAUGUUGCAAGAAGGCUGGAAGAAGAGCUGGAGACUGUUAAACUCAAACAGCAGCAAAUAUUUGAUGGCUUUGCAGAAGGGUUGAUGAAUGUUGUGUGUAUCCCACCCAUGUUAGAAAAGACUAGCUAUUCAUCAUCAGGAACAUAACAGGCCAUAGUCGCACAGGAAAUUUAUUUAAAUUCCCUUCUUGGAAAUUUAUAUACUUAAAUUCUCACUGAAUGUGAUUCAGUAAUAUACUUCCUCUUAAUCCAUUGACUACUACUGUAUUCUUGAAUUUCAAUAGACUAUGUGCAGGCACCGAGGUUCCAGUAGGCAAAGGAUUAAUGUGUGUCCAUUAUAUUCAGUGGGCAUGCACAAAAACCAUGGAGGGGUUUCAACAGUGGUCCAGAAUUUGUGAAAGACUAUGCAAAGCUGGAUUGGAAGUAUAGAUAUGUAUAUUCUGAACCAGCUGAAUUAUGAGAGAGGUUAACACAGAAUACAGGAGGCUUAGAUAUUCACUCGUUUGUUGAAUUUACUAAAUGCACACAAAUUGCAAUUCAACUUGGGAAGGUCGAAAGUUUAAAUAAAGUUUAAGUUCAUCUA